UUCACCAUGCAUCGGAAGAAGGUAGAUAACCGCAUCCGGGUGCUCAUUGAGAAUGGCGUGGCAGAACGGCAGAGGUCUCUCUUUGUCAUCGUUGGUGAUCGAGGGAAAGAUCAGGUGGUGAUACUCCAUCACAUGCUGUCCAAAGCAACUGUGAAGGCUCGGCCUUCGGUGCUGUGGUGUUACAAGAAAGAGCUGGGGUUUAGCAGCCACCGGAAGAAAAGGAUGCGGCAGCUGCAGAAGAAGAUCAAGAGUGGAACCUUGAACAUGAAGCAGGAUGACCCCUUCGAGCUCUUCGUGGCGGCCACCAACAUCCGCUACUGCUACUACAACGAGACCCACAAGAUACUGGGCCGCACCUUUGGCAUGUGUGUGCUCCAGGACUUUGAAGCCUUGACUCCAAAUCUGCUGGCCAGGACUGUGGAGACAGUGGAGGGCGGUGGGCUGGUGGUCAUCCUGCUGCGGACCAUGAACUCUCUCAAGCAGCUAUAUACCUUGACCAUGGAUGUGCAUGCCAGGUACAGGACUGAGGCCCAUCAGGACGUGGCGGGAAGAUUCAACGAGAGGUUUAUCCUUUCUCUGGCCUCCUGUAAGAAGUGUCUCGUCAUCGACGACCAGCUCACCAUCCUGCCCAUCUCCUCCCACGCGGCCAGCCUCGAGCCGCUGCCUCCGCGGGCUCCAGAUGAGCGUCUUGGACCUGCCGACCUGGAGCUGCAGGAGCUGAAGGGGAGCCUGCAGGACACGCAGCCUGUGGGCGUGCUUGUGGACUGCUGCCAGACCCUGGACCAGGCCAAGGCUGUUCUGAAGUUCAUUGAGGGGAUCUCCGAGAAGACCCUGAGGAGCACUGUUGCGCUCACGGCUGCCCGGGGACGUGGCAAGUCUGCAGCUCUGGGCCUGGCUGUUGCUGGAGCAGUGGCGUUCGGGUAUUCCAAUGUGUUUGUCACCUCCCCAAGCCCCGACAACCUCCACACUCUAUUCGAGUUUCUGUUUAAAGGCUUUGAUGCUCUGCAGUACCAGGAGCAUCUGGACUAUGAGAUCAUCCAGUCCCUAAACCCGGAAUUCCACAAGGCGGUGAUCAGAGUGAACGUCUUCCGAGAACACCGGCAGACCAUUCAGUACAUACAUCCUGCGGAUGCUGUGAAACUGGGCCAGGCUGAACUCGUCGUGAUCGAUGAAGCUGCCGCCAUCCCCUUGCCCCUGGUGAAGAGCCUGCUCGGUCCCUACCUGGUUUUCAUGGCGUCCACCAUCAAUGGCUACGAGGGCACUGGCCGGUCACUGUCCCUCAAGCUCAUCCAGCAGCUCCGUCAACAGAGUGCCCAGAGCCAGGCCAGCACCACUGCAGAGAACAAGGCCACGAUGACGGCCCGGCUGGCAUCAGUGCGCACGCUGCACGAGGUCUCCCUGCAGGAGUCCAUCCGCUACGCCACCGGGGACGCCGUGGAGCAGUGGCUCAACGACCUACUGUGCCUGGACUGCCUCAGCAUCACCCGGAUGGUCUCAGGCUGCCCCCUGCCUGAGGCCUGUGAGCUCUACUACGUUCACAGAGACACCCUUUUCUGCUACCACAAGGCCUCCGAGGUGUUCCUCCAGCGCCUCAUGGCCCUCUACGUGGCUUCUCACUACAAGAACUCUCCCAACGACCUCCAGAUGCUCUCCGAUGCCCCUGCCCACCACCUCUUCUGCCUGCUGCCCCCUGUGCCGCCCACCCAGAACGCACUUCCCGAGGUGCUGGCUGUCGUCCAGGUGUGCCUGGAGGGGGAACUUUCCCGCCAGUCCAUCUUGAACAGCCUGUCCCGGGGCAAGAAGGCUUCAGGAGACCUGAUUCCAUGGACGGUGUCGGAGCAGUUCCAGGAUCCAGACUUUGGCGGCCUCUCUGGUGGGAGGGUUGUGCGCAUUGCUGUCCACCCGGAUUACCAAGGGAUGGGCUAUGGCAGCCGAGCCCUGCAGCUGCUGCAGAUGUACUUCGAGGGCAGAUUCCCGUGUCUAGAGGAGAAGGCCCUCGAGCCGGCACCGGAGAUUCACACCGUGAGUGGCGAGGCCGUCAGCCUGUUGGAAGAGGCCAUCACUCCCCGCCGGGACCUGCCCCCCUUGCUCCUCAAGCUGGGUGAGAGGCCGGCUGAGCACCUGGACUACCUCGGCGUGUGCUACGGCCUGACGCCCAGGCUGCUCAAGUUCUGGAAACGGGCUGGCUUUGUUCCUGUGUACCUGAGACAGACACCGAACGACCUGACCGGAGAGCACUCGUGUGUCAUGCUGAAGACCCUGGCUGACGGGGACGCGGCUGACCAGGGAGCCUGGCUGGCGGCCUUCUGGAAAGACUUCCGGCGGCGCUUCCUGGCUCUGCUGUCCUUCCAGUUCCGCUCAUUCUCCCCUGCCCUGGCCCUGAACGUCAUCCAGAACAGGAGCACCGGGAGGCCAGCGCAGCCAGCCCUGACCCGGGCAGAGCUGGAUGCCCUCUUCCUGCCCUACGACCUGAAGCGCCUAGAGAUGUACUCACGGAACAUGGUGGACUACCAUCUUGUCAUGGACUUGGUUCCGGCCAUUGCCCGCAUGUACUUCCUUCACCAGCUGGGGGACCUGGCCCUAUCAGCCGCCCAGUCAGCUCUGCUCUUGGGCAUCGGCCUGCAGCACAAGUCGGUGGACCAGCUGGAGACGGAGAUCGAGCUGCCCUCAGGCCAGCUGAUGGGGCUGUUCAACCGCGUCAUCCGCAAGGUCGUGAAGCUGUUCAGCGAGGUCCAGGAGCGGGCUGUCGAGGAGCAGAUGGCAGCCGUGAGGGAGGUGGCCAUGGAGCCCGCGCUGAAAACCCUGAGUGACGACCUGGAUGAAGCCGCCAAGGAGUUUCAGGAGCGGCACAAGAGGGAAGUGAGCAGACUGCAGGACCUGGACCUUGCUCAGUACGCGAUCCGCGGGGAUGACGACGAGUGGGACGAGGUUCUGAGCCGAGCUGGGCAGAACGCCUCCGUCAUCAGUCUGAAGAGCGACAAGAAAAGGACGUUGGAAGCCAAGCAGGACCCCAAGCAGCGCAAGAAGGUGAAGAGGAGCAGAGAUGCGAAGAGCAAAAAAGACGCAAAGCUGAAGCGGAAGAAGUAGUGGGGUCGUGGCCCUCCUGUGAGGAGACAGCUUUCCUGCCUGCUGCGGGCUGGGCAGCUGGACUGUCAUGGUGGCAGGGCCCCACAGACCCAGAGUUGGUGGGACUUCAGCCUGGGUCCCCUGGCCGACAGUCAUCCCACACGACCUGCUUAGAACUCAGUGCAGAGUGGCCUCAGGCACCACUGGCCCCCUUGGCCCGUGAGGUCACAGUUCUGUGUGCGUGGGAGCCAGGCCCUGGGAUAUGGCCUUCUGCUGGGCCGGCUCGUCCCAUGGGUGUUCUGGCGCCUGGGCCUGGAGCAGGAGCUUGCAGUCAGACGGUAGGGCCCCCCCACGCCUGGCCCUGCAGUCCUGGCCCCUCAGGGCCCCAGAGAAGCCGAGCCUUCAGCUGGAUCCUCAGGGCCGGCUGUGUCCUGCAGCGGGAAGGGUGCAGCAGGGCCUUGGCUAGCAGUGGAGAGGUGAGGGGAGAGCCUUUUGGUAAUAAAUAACACCCUAAAGAUGGUGCCUGCGGGGCCCUGGACUUC